AUGUCGACAGUUUCACCGGAAAAAUCUAUAUCGUCUAAGAUACAACCUCUUGACUCAAAAAAUGAGAAGCACUAUGUUCAAGAUCACAUCAUCCAAAUUGAAGACUCCAAAACCUAUACGUAUUUGGGUUUCAAAGGUCAGACAUUGCAUAACAUGAUUUCAUUUCUCGCUGGUAUGGGGUUCUUACUUUUCGGUUACGACCAGGGUGUCAUGGGCUCGUUGUUGACUUUGCCAGCUUUUAGGAACACAUUUGAAUCUAUAGACACAAUUAAAUACCCAGAGCACGCCACUUUCCAGGGUUUUGUUAUUGCCGUUUAUGAAAUUGGUUGUUUAGCGGGUGCCGUUUCCACUAUGUACUUGGGUGAUAUGCUUGGAAGAAGAAAAACUAUUCUCAUUGGAUGUUGUAUUAUGAUUGUUGGUGCUGUCAUCCAGUGUUCCUCGUUCUCCGUUGGUCAGUUAAUUGCCGGAAGAAUUAUCACCGGUAUUGGUAACGGUAUGAACACUUCCACCGUUCCAAUAUGGCAAUCUGAGUGUGCUAAGUCAGAAAAGAGAGGUAAAUUAGUUAUGAUUCAAGGUGCCUUAAUCACUGGUGGAAUUUGUAUUUCCUACUGGAUCGAUUUUGGCUUCUUCUUCAUCAAAAAUAGUUCUGUAUCAUGGAGAUUCCCAAUUGGGUUCCAAAUAUUUUUCCCACUAUUCAUCUUGCCCCUCAUCAUGUACUUACCUGAAUCUCCUAGAUGGUUACUAAAAGCCGGUAAAUUGGAUGAAGCUGCUAAAGUUUUCUCUGCUCUUGAUGACAUCCCAGUUAAUGAUCCUACUAUUGUCUACGAAGUUCGAGAAAUUGAAAACUCUUUACAAAAGGAAAGACAUGAAGGUGAACAAAAAUCCAACCUUCUUCUUUUAUUUGCUCAGGGUGAUACCAAGAAUUUCCACAGAACUUGCUUGGCCGUCUGGUCGCAAAUUAUGCAACAAAUUACUGGUAUUAAUUUAAUCACCUACUAUGCGGGUACUGUAUUCGAAAAAUAUAUUGGUUUAAAUCCUUUGAACGCGAGAAUCCUAGCCGCCUGUAACGGUACUGAAUAUUUCAUGGUUUCUUGGGUUGCAUUCUACACGAUUGAAAGAGUUGGCAGAAGAAAAUUGAUGUUAUUUGGGGCUGCUGGUCAAGCUAUGUCUAUGGCUGUCUUGACCGGUGCCACCUGGGCUGCUAGUCCAGAACACAAUGACAGUGGUGCUGCAGCUAUUGUUGCUGCUGUCUUCUUAUUCGUUUUCAACAGUUUCUUCGCUAUCGGUUGGUUAGGAAUGACCUGGUUAUACCCAGCUGAAAUUACCCCAUUAAACAUCAGAGCUGCUUCUAAUGGGUUAAGUACAGCUGCAAAUUGGUCUUUCAAUUUUAUGGUAGUUAUGAUCACCCCAGUUGCUUUCGAAAGUAUUGAUUCCUACACUUAUACUAUUUUCGCAGUAAUCAAUCUCUUAAUGAUUCCAGUCGUUUAUUUCUUCUAUCCAGAAACAGCUGGUAGGUCGUUAGAGGAAAUGGAUAACGUCUUCGAACUAUCCAAUCCUUACACUCCUUGGGAUGUUGUAAAAAUCGCUAGAGAGCUACCUUACGAGAGCCAAACUCGUGAUCGUGAUAUUGAAAAGGUUAAUAUUCAGCAUAUCGGAUGA